AUGAUGAAGAUGAUGAUGAAGAUGAUGAUGAUGCUCCCGGUGGUGAUGGAUGAGAUCCGCGGUGGCUACCCAAAUGCAAAGUCCAGUUCAGCACAAACACAGUUCGGUCAAAACUUCAGCGUCAAAGAGCUGGAGGAACUUGCUUUGGAGUUGCUAACAAGCCCCGCCGCCCUGACGUACCAGCUUGCGGCCCAGGUGCUUGAUGAUUUUGAAGAUGAGGACAUUGGAUUCGGUUUGGUGGAUUCAAAGAAAGACCGAGCGGUUGCUAAGAUGCUGGGUCUGCUGGAGGUGGACAGCAUCUACAUCUUUGCUGAUGACGAGAUCAUCGAGUACGAUGGAGAGCUGGCGGCCGACACGCUGCUGGAGUUCCUCUAUGACGUGAUCGAGGAGCCUGUGGAGAUCAUCAGUAAUGACAGAGAGCUCAAAGGCUUCCAUCACAUCGAGGAGGACAUCAAACUGAUGGCCUACUUCAAGAGCGCCAAAUCUUCACACUUCAUUGAGUACGAUGACGCAGCUGAAGAAUUUCAUCCCUUCAUCAAGUUCUUUGCCACAUUUGAGCCAAAGAUCGCUAAGAAGUUAAACCUGAAGAUGAAUGAAGUGGAUUUCUACGAGCCCUUCAUGAACAAACCCGUCAGCAUCCCCGGCAAACCCUACACGGAGGACGACAUCGUCAGCUUCAUCGAGGAGCACGACAGGCCAACUCUAAGAAAGCUGGAGCCCCACAGCAUGUAUGAGAUCUGGGAAGAUGAUAUUAACGGACAGCACAUUGUGGCCUUCGCUGAGGAGUCUGACCCUGACGGUUAUGAAUUCCUGGAGAUCCUGAAGGAAGUGGCUCAAGAAAACACAGAGAACCCAGACUUAAGCAUCAUCUGGAUCGAUCCUGAUGACUUCCCACUGAUGGUGCCGUACUGGGAGAAGACCUUCGGCAUUGACCUCUCGUCUCCACAGAUCGGCGUGGUGGACGUUGAGGAUGCUGACAGUGUGUGGAUGGAGAUGGAUGAUGAAGAGAACAUGCCGACCGCUGACGAGCUCGACACCUGGAUCGAAGACGUGAUGUCUGGAAGAAUCAACCCUGGUGACGAAACUGACUACAACCAUGAUGAUGAUGAAGAGGAGGACGAUGAUGAUGAUGACGACAUCGACGAAGAUGAUGAUGAUGAUGAUGACAACGACAAUGAGGAUGAUGAUGAUGAAUAAAUGAUCUCAGACAUAACUCUUCAGUCUGUCUGUGUUCACAUCCUCACAAACUGAGCUGUCCUGUAAUUGCUGUCUGGAGGAGAAACAAUUUGUCUCGUCUCAUUGUUUAACUCCACUCAUUCUUCAGGAAAAUAAACAUCGUAUUUGCGGGUCACUGCACCUGUUUCGCUGCCAAUGAAAGGCAUCUGCUGAGAACAUGUGUGGUGUUUGUUAAAAAAUAGCAAAGCCUUGUAACAACUAUUUUGAUAUUUUUAUUGACUUUUAGAGCAGCAUUACUGAUGCUCACUGGAAGGUCUUAAAUAAAAGAUAUAAGUAAAAAAAAUAAAUAAAAAAA